UGAAUGGUCGUGACAACAUGUCCACAGAAGCAUAAAUGAAGUUGGAUGAUGCAUACCAAUUGUUACUUUGUGCACUUUGGUAAAGCAAGUAAUACAAGAAUGUAAGUUAGGUAUCAAUGUGUGGAUAAGUAUCAACCAAUUGCUGACUCAUUCCCUUGCCAAUUUGCUGUCUAAGAUGCUCUCAAGUUACCUAUCCAGAAGAAAUAAGAAUCUGGGUAAGCAUUUUCGCAAAUCUCAAUCAAGCGAUAUGGAUAAAUCUUGAUAUUUUCUGGAUAACUUGCUGCUUGAUAUUUUCAGAUCUUUUCACACUUUGAUUGUUGUUAUUGUAGUGAGGAGAACUAAAUGCAUGAUUGGCCAAUGGACUUGGCUUUUGGACCAACUUUCUCUAAUUGUGAAGUAAAACUCAAGCAUUUAGUAACAAUUUUAAAGUCAAGCAUAUAGUAGGCAAAAUUUGUUAGUUUUUAGCUGGAGCGGAAAGCCAGGUGAACUUCUAUCAAGAAAAAUUUCGGACGGCUCUCAUGUAGAGUUGAAGCUGCUUCAAGUAUUCGGUAAAUGGAAAAUUAUAGGUUUAUAUCUGAAAUAGGAAGCCAAAAUGCGAUUUUGGAUCGAAAACCCAGAAGCCCAAAUCGGAACUUGUGCCUCUAAUUUUAGGAGCAAGCUGUGUAAGGAUUUCAAAUUUGAAUUUGGUUUCUUAAAAUGGCUUUAUCUGGCGAAUGCUCUAUUUUUCUCUAGAAUCAACUUUUGGAUCGAUUCUUGAUUAGUAGUAGGCCCACUUUCUUUCUGACACAAAGAUAAAUGGUUUGGAAUCACAUUCUCUGCCACUUUUUGCUUUACCCCUUAUUCUUUUCUGACUCUCUUAUUGGUUUCAUGCAGCUGGAGCUGCUCAACUGCUUGUGAACUUUAACUCUGCAAGGUUAUUAAGUACUGUAAGCAACAGUAUACUAAGGAAUCAAGUAAAGGGGGCACAAGAAGAAGACGCUGAAAUAAAGCUGGAUCUCUUCUAAGAAAUAGGAAUCUCAAAAGAGAGAUAGAAAGAAGCUUCUGUCUCUCUUUUUUGAGUUCCUACGGAGCCUCAAAAUGUCUAUAUAAGUAGAAGAAAACAACACAGAAGCAGAAGAAGCUUAUAGGGAAAGUAAAAAGUGUUUAGUAUAGGCUCUCACUUGAGUUGUAUAUAUGGCGAUGAGGAAUGUCGGAGUGGCUGUGGAUUUCUCUCCAUGCAGCAAAGCAGCACUUAGGUGGGCAUCGACCAACCUUGUGAGGAGCGGCGAUCGCCUUGUACUUGUAUAUGUCAACACUAACUACCAGAUUGAGCAAGGGGUGAUUCAUCUAUGGGAGCAAAAUGGUUCACCUUUCAUACCUUUGAAUGAAUUCUCCGAUCCCUCCAUUACCAAGAGAUAUGGCGUGUCGCCAGACAAUGAAGCACUCGAAAUUCUGGGUCAGGCGUAUCAGAAAGGGGUAGAAGUUGUUGCUAAGAUAUAUUGGGGCGAUCCGACGAAGAAGCUAUGCGAAGCAAUUGAGCAGAUCCCAUUGCACUGCCUAGUCGUAGGAAACAGAGGGUUAAGCAAAAUUAAAAGGGCUCUCCUGGGAAGCGUAAGCAGCUACGUCGUGAACCAUGCAACUUGCCCAGUGACAGUAGUGAAAGAAACUACCUUCUGAUUGUUCAUAUAUAAAGUUUAGCAGUGGCCAGUUAAGAUAAUACAUAUAUCAGCCUAUCUUUGAUGUGUAUUAUAGCUUUAAGAAUAGUAAUUAGCACCUCCCAAUAUCACCCAGUAAUGCGUUAUGCUGUACUUUGAUGUCUAUGCAUAUAUCUAUAUUGUUGUACAAUAGCAGACAUGUUGAAGUGCCUCUCGAAUCUGUGAGUUUGAAAUUUUGAUGCAGUACAAAAGAACUAGUCAUGAGUGCGUUGUUCCUACAGUGCCAAGCAGGGUCCAUCUAUUAUUUUUAUCAUCAAUAACCAAGUGUUGAUUUUGCUGUCA